GACAGUUGUUACUGUUGCUAGCAAUUGAGCUGGUGCUCCGCGCAUUUUCUGUGUUUUAUAUUUAUAUAUAUUGAAUAGUAUAUAUAGUUACGUAUAGAUUUGUAAUCUCCAAUUAAUAUGGACGACACUAACGAAGAAAUUGCAAGAACCGAAUGUACAAUGCGACCUGCAAAUUUUGUAGGCAUUUAUUUUGAUUAUAAUGAAGAAACCUGUCGAUCCAAAUGCAAAGUUGCUGGAUGCUCUACAAGUAUGCAGGGGAAGCAUACUGCAAAUUUGGAAAGGCAUAUUAUGCGUAAGCAUCCUGUCGAGGCACAAAUAAUAACUAGCGAACGAAUAAAGCUUCAAAGAGCGCGUGAUCGAAAAAAUAAUAUGCAAGAUUUGGAAUUGGAUGUUACAAGUAGUAACUCAUCUUCGUCACUUGCAUCUACCGAAAAAAUUUCAACAAAUCGAAAAAGAAAAAGAACUUCCGUGUCCGUUGAAAUUGAUUAUAAUGAAAUAAUCGACGCUUGUGUUGAAAUGACUACUGUCAAUGGACGAAGUAUAAAUUUUGUUGAGGAUAGUGGUUUCAAACGCAUUAUCGAUCCAAUAUUGAAUGGCCUUACUAAGGAUGGACCUAAAAUCGUUGUAAAUCGUGAAAUUAUUAAACGACAAAUUACUACUGAAGCACAAAACAUUCGUGAGGAAAUACUCCAAGAUGUGAAAGGUCGUUUAAUUUGUGUUAAAAUAGAUAAUGCGACUCGAUUAGAUAGAUCAUUAAUGGGUAUAAAUAUUCAGUAUUGUAAGGAAGGCAAGCUUAUCAUACGUAAUAUAUGUACGAAAGAGUUAGACUGUACGCACACGGCUGAAAAUUUGAAAAGAGAAAUUAUAAUUGAGCUUGAUAAAUGCGGGAUUUCUGAAAAUAUGAUUUAUUGCGUGACGACUGAUAACGCGGCCAAUAUGUUAAAAACGAUUAAAUUACUAAGUGACGAUGUUUCCUCGAUGCAUGUUGAAAGUGAAACAAAUGAAAAUAACGAUGAAGAAAUGAAUGAAAACAUGAACAGUAGUGACGAAGAUAGCGAAGAAGAAGGAAGUGAAACUGAAGAUGAGGAGAGUAAUGAGAAUAUUUUGGAAGAAAACUCAACCAAAUCGGUAGAAAAUGAUUUAUUUUUAACUUUUGAUAAUUUACCAAGUAAAUUUUCAUCUGAAGGUGUGAUUGGGCAAAGAUGUGUGGCACAUACUUUGCAGCUUGCAGUCGAAGAUGCUGUUAAAAAAAAUGAUAUACGUGAAUUAUUAACGAGAGCAAGAAGCCUCGUUAAAAAACUUCGCACACCAACAAAUUCAGGUAUCUUAGUUGCAAUUGGAAGAAGAAAACCUACACUCGACUGCCCGACACGUUGGCAUUCAAUGUAUGACAUGAUUUUAAGUUUAUUGGCUUUCAGAUUUAUGCCCGAUCAAAUUUUAUCAGCAAAUAAGAAAUCCAAAUUAUCAAAUCUGUCAAUUAAUGAUUAUGAUAAAUUACAGUUGAUAGUUGAUGCCUUAAAACCAGCAAAAGUUACCACGAAAAAAUUACAGGCAGAGCAACUUCAGGUUGGCGAUUUCAUACAAGCGUGGUUGAUGUGUAAACAUAAUACAAAGACUAUCGACAGUUCGUUAGCAAAAGCACUGGUCACUGCUAUGCAGGAGCGAGAGGUUAAACUAAUGGAGAGUCCAGCUUUGCUAUGUGCAAUUUAUUUAGAUGCCAGAUGGCAAGUUCUGCUUUCUGAGACGCAAAGAGAAACUGCAGUAAACCAUCUCGUUUUUGUAUGGCAGCGAUUACAAGCUUUGAAAACGAUUGAAAUUAGUACACCAUCUAGUACGUGCCACGAUAGUGCGCUUAGAUCACAGAGCACAGAAAAAAUUGAAGACCCUCUAAAAUUAAUGUUGUUAGAAAAAGAAAAUUCGCGACAGACGCAACAUACAAAAACUAACAAAUCUGACAUUAAACACUUUCUUAUUAACUUUGGAAAUGAAGAAAGAAUUAAAUACGAGGAAGAUAUAUUUCUAUACUGGGAGAAAAAAAAAGUCACUUGCCCUGAACUUUAUGAGCUCGCAGUAACUGUAUUAGCUCUUCCAGUAACGCAAGUAAGCGUUGAAAGAUUGUUUUCUAAUCUCAAAUUUAUUUUAAAUUAUUUGAGAAAUAAAAUGUCAUGUACUCUUCUGAAUGACAUUUUGUUAGUUCGAUGCAAUCGUAUUUUUGGUUCUAACAAAAAAACGUAGCAAAAAAAAAGAAAAUUACAAAAUAAAUUGCGAAAUUAGAUUUUAUUUUUCCACGUUCUAUCUGAUGCUAUAGCGCUCAUGCGACAAUUUGUUAACACCAUGUAUUAUAUUGUUCCGUUCCAGAUUAUGACAUUUCAAAAAUUUCCACAAUGUUGAUUACCAUAGAUAACAGCUAAUUCUAGAGAUCAGCUCUUAUCAUAAAAUGAUUAGUUUUCCCGCUUUUUCGAAACACAAAAUCGUUUUUUGUUGCGUUUCAAAUUGUUUAAACA